AUGGACGUACCAUCAGACACUAUCCUUGAGAGACUAACCUUGAGAAGCGUAGAUCCAGUUACAGGGGAAAGGUGAGUACUGGGACUUCAAGUAACCUCUUUAAACAUAUUCACUGUUGGUUUUGCCCCGAGCAUGAAUAUCUUCGUUGAUAAUGGUAAAAGGACUGAGUGGAAUCCAAUUCGGUCUGUAAUCAUACAAGUGAUUAACAUAAUCGGGCGACGGCGUAGCAGGAUCACGAGUAUGGUUACAGACCGAAUUGGACGACACGAAGUUCUGUUGCCAAUUAAUCAUAACUGUAACAAAAUAUGUGAUAUUUUAGACCUUUUAAAUUAAAAAACAUGAAAUUCCAAGAGUGGGUGGGGGUUUCCGGUGACAAGUGCAUUAACUGGGAUAUAGCCGUUUGAAGUGUUUCAUCCAGCAAUUCUGGGGCGUUAACUUUCAAUCGGUUUACUGUUAUUCCGGGUUAUCUAGACCCUGUUUACACGAGUGGGUCCAGACAACAGCCAGAAACUUGAACCGAUCCGCCUUUCGUUUACACGGGGACCGGCGGAACAACUUUUGACCUGGUCAGAAGUACGGACUCGUGUAAACAGCACUACAAUCUGUGACAGAAUUUGCACGGUUCCGUGUAAAGGGUUUGCACAGAUAAAAAAUUCUUCCGUUCACAAAUUUCCCUAGACCCGUGUAAACGGCGUCUAAAGUGGCUCGAUUAGCGUUUUUAGCGGCCGCCCCUACAACACCUCAAUACCUCCCAAGUUUAGGCAUUAACUAGAUCGUUAUUAACAAGGAUAUCGGAAAACCGUCACCCGAAUUGUUUGAGAUAAAGAUAAUUAUGCCUCAGUAGUUUCGCUCUGAAAAAUAUAAUUAUUUUAAAACGUGUGAAAAUAGUUGAUAGGGAUAGAAGAAGGGUUUGAUGAGCUUGCGUUAAGGGGCUCUUUUUAUGUGGUCGGUCUACUGCAAAUAUGAAAACUGUGUGAUUAUUUUUUUAAAAUUGAUCUAUUCGAGGUUGAUUAUAAUUUUGUAUGUCCUUAAAGUUUUAGGACUUUAAAACCUUGAAGGCAUAAAAUGAAGCCCUCCAAUGCCCUCUUAAUUGUCACAGAUUCUGUGUUCUGAGAGUUCGUUUUAUUCAAGGGUUUGUCAAAUAAUUAUUCACUUCUUUUGGCUUGUUAGAUAUCACUUGAUUUACAAUCCACCUCGAACAAAUGAAGUUAAACAACGGUUACAAACGGUGAGUACUCUGUUUUUAUCAAAUGUUCAAAACAAAAUGUUAGUUAUGGGCCAGUUGUUCAGAAGAUAGAUAAAUCACUAUCCAGUUCAGUGGAUUUGACAGUGGAUAACUAUUAGGAAAACUCGUUGCGUUAUCCAGUGGAUAGUGAUUUAUCCGGUGGAUAGCGCUAUCCACCUUUUGAACAACUGGCGCUUGGACAACUUUGUGUUCUGUUUCGAUUCAGAGCCCAAAAGACGUAGAGUCAGCGGUCAACCACCGGAUGGCCGAGUACCAGGCCUACAUUGAGGAAAUCGGAGAGUACUACGAGGGGACUGGGGAGCACGUCAAUGCUGAUCAAGAUAUACACACCGUGUUUGAGUGUAUUGAGAGUAUAAUUGUAAACCCAAUACCACGAAAGGAGUAA